AUCCAGACAAGCUUCCAAAGUGUAGAAACCUGAAGCUGAGCUUUGCGGCCAUGGAGCUCUGCCAUUUAAAAGAGAUAGGCUUGCCAAUGGCUUCGAUGGCGACCCUCAAUGGUGUGCACAAAGAGCCACGCAAGCCCAAAGAGGCACCCAAAGAAGCGCACACAUUGCAAGCAACACCUGUUGAGAAAGGCGACAAACGAGAGAUGCGUCCGCAGAAUGCAUUGCCGCAGCCCGCCACGCAUGCGACUCGACCCUUGUACAUGGAUGGAACCUACAUCUUCGAAUGUGAGGCCCAAGUUCGGGAGAUGAGUCUCAACGAGGGGGUUUUGAGCAUAGAGCUGGACCAGACGCUUUUCCAUCCACAAGGUGGAGGUCAACCUAGUGACACAGGCCUGUUGUGUGCGAAAGGUUUGUCGGACCUCAGUGUGGUGUUUGUGUCCAAGGACAAGGUCAAGGAAGGUGUCAUCCGGCAUGAUUGCAAAGCUGAUGAGGCUGUCAUACAGGCUUGGCUGAGCCACAAAGGUAAGGAAUUGAAGGUGCAUUGUAAGGUUGAUGAGCCAAAGAGACGCCUAGCAGCAAGAUUGCACUCUGCGGGUCACCUGCUUGACGUCGCAAUUUUUGGGCUCGGUUUCCGAUGGCAAGCAGGCAAAGGCUAUCAUUUUGAGGAGGGCCCAUACGUGGAGUACAUUCCCACAAACGAGGGAAGACAGUUGGACAUGAAGGACGCGAAAGCCAAGACUGUUGCAAUGGAAGAGAUCUCUGCGAAGAUGAAGGAACUCGUUGCUAAGAAUAUCUCUACCGAGAUAGGCUUUGUGGAUGGGAUGAGGACGAUCAGCAUGGAUGGAGUUUCCUGUGGCUGUGGAGGGACUCAUGUCGAGUCCAGCAGUGAGAUUGGGGAGGUGUCCAUCAAAAAGAUACAAGCCAAGCAGGGGAACAUCCGUGUGUCGUAUGCUGUUUGAUGUCCGACCCAUGUCCCGUGAUCAGCGAUGAAAGAUAUGCUUUGCCG